AUGGCUGAAGCCCCACAAGCUCCUGCUGGUGAACAGCGCGGCUUCGGCCGUGGCCGCGGUGGUCGCGGUGGCCGUGGCGGUCGUGGUGGCCGCGGUGGCAGCAACGAGGAGAAGGAGUGGGUUCCGUGCACCAAGCUCGGCCGCUUGGUGAAGGAGCAGAAGAUCACCUCCCUCGAGGAGAUUUUCCUCUUCUCGAUGCCCAUCAAGGAGCACCAGAUCGUGGACCAGCUGAUCAAGGAGAGUGAGCUGCGUGACGAGAUGAUGCUCAUCUUCCCCGUGCAGAAGGCCACCUCCGCCGGCCAGCGUACGCGCUUCAAGGCCUUCAACGUUGUUGGCGACGGCAACGGCCACAUUGGCGUCGGUGCCCGCGUCGGCAAGGAGGUGUCGCUGGCGAUUCGUGCCUCCAUGAUCGCUGCGAAGCUGAACAUCGUUCCUGUGCGCCGUGGGUACUGGGGUAACAAGAUUGGCGAGCCGCACACGAUCCCGAUGAAGGUGACUGGCAAGUGUGGAUCCGUCGCUGUCCGCCUCAUCCCUGCGCCACGUGGUGCCGGCAUCGUUGCUGCGCCCGUGCCCAAGAAGAUUCUGGAGUUCGCCGGGGUUGAGGAUGUGUACACCAGCUCUUGCGGCAAGACCCGCACGCGUGGCAACUUCAUCAUGGCGACCUUCUACGCGCUGCGCAAGACGUACGGUUUCUUGACGCCCGACCUCUGGGCCGAGACGGAGACGUCGCGCGACCCCACCGAUGAGCACUCCGAGUUCCUCACCAUGGGUGGCAAGAUGAUCGCCGCGUGA